AUGAAUAAAAAAUUACCAUUUGAACUUAUCUACCAGGUCAGCGCGCUGAUCAUCGCCGUGAUUAUUGUGCAUCUUGUUUACGUCACCAUUAUCCGGCCUAACGCAGAUGCAAUCCUGCAACAGCAGGCGGAACUGGCGGCCAGCGGAGAACCAUUUGUUCAGGACCGUUCGCUUUAUGUUGUGCUACGGGAUUACGAACAGGAGUCCUGUUUUAUUCUGAUGUUCUGGGCGAUGGCGAUCAUGGGUUUGAAAGCGCGUUCAGCACUUGCGGAACGCAGCCUCCUGAAUGAAAACUUUAUUCAGGUCAGUGAGGGUGUGAGUAUUCUGCCGGAGGACACCAGGGAAUAUACGCGGCCUUUGCAGGGGUUACCCGAGGCUUCACGAGAGAGCCUGUUGCCGCGUACCCUGCUUGCAGCCCUGCAGCGGUUUUCUUCAACCCGGAACGUGCAGGAUGUUUCAGAAGCAGUGAAGUCCGUUUGCGAAGCAGAAUCUGACCGACUCGACAGCGAACUGUCGAUGGUGCGCUAUAUCGCCUGGGCGAUUCCUUCCAUCGGCUUCAUUGGCACCGUUCGCGGUAUCGGUGAAGCGCUGGGACAGGCCUAUCGCGCAGUCGAAGGCGACAUCGCCGGCGUCACUACCAGUCUGGGGGUGGCGUUCAACUCAACCUUCAUAGCUCUGGUGAUCAGCAUUGUACUGAUGUUCCUGGUGCACCAGUUACAGCUCAUCCAGGAGCGCCUGGUCCUCGACACCCAUACGUACUGUGAUCAGCGCCUGUUGCGCCAUCUGCAGCCACAUCAAGCCGCCCGCACCUUUACCGGCGCGGCCGCCCAGACGCCCAACGGGCUGAUAUUCGACGACGACGCACUGGCGCGAUCGCGAUCGCAUCCGCAGCAGUUCAACAACCGCUACCUCUCUACCAUCGCUGCAGAUCCUGUGGCCGGUGAUCUGGGGUUGGCGAAAAAUCAUGCGGAUCUGAUUUAUCGACAUCUACUACAGCUUGAUCUACCGGCAAGCGAGCCGCUUGUACUGGCUGUAUCAGGGCAGAUCAGCAACGCUCAACUGGGUCUGUUACUCGGCAUAUGCGCUGAAGCGCAACUGACGGUCAAAGGCUUUAUCGACCUUGCUCUGGGCCAGUCUCUGAGUAUCCCUGCAGACACCGGCUACCAUGUCCUGGAUGUUGAACAGCACCGGAUAAGCCUGGCAGAAAUCCAGAUCCGCGACGGCAUCCGCGUGCAAACCCGCACCACAGCCAUAGAUGGCGUUGGCACAGCCAGCAUCAUAGAAGGCUGGAUGAACGUCAUAGCUGAUGAAUUUGUACAGAAAACACGUUUCGAUCCACUGCAUUCCGGACAGACAGAGCAGCAUCUUUUUGACCAGGUGUAUCCCUGGCUCACCGAGAGUCAGAUGCAGGAUCACGUCGUUAGCAUCAGUAACGGAGAAUCCAGUCGGGAGGUUGAAAUAACAGCCGCCAGACUCCUGGAAAAACUCACUCAGCGGCUUGCCGGUGUUGAGUUGGGCCAAGUUGACCAUCUGGUGCUGACGCCAAGGGCUGCAUCAAUACCCGCGCUCAAAUCACAGCUGGAGCAGCGCGUACAGCAGUGCAGUGUCGUGUUGGAAAGCGACAUUCUGGGUAACUACGAACAACUCGCAGCAUCGCUAUCCGAUGCUCAGGUGAAAAGAAUCAGCCAGGCAGCCAAUAUUGGCACUCGCCGCUCAAACGAAUCUGCCGCUGACGCCUUCCAGGAAAACCCUCACACCCAAGCGUUGGCACCCAACACCCUGGCCACCCACUGGCUGCUGCAACAUACGGCUUAUCCAUUGGAUCAUCCAACCCUGACCGCGGCAGGCGUACACAACGGUUCCGAAGUUGCUGCCGGGACCCAGGUCACUGUUGCCGGCCAGACGUACACUGCGAUUCGAGUGCAACAGGGCGAAAAGGAUCUGUUUGAACUGAUCGAAAGUCUCGACGAUGUAAAAGCCCGGGUUGAGCAAUCAGAUGCAAAUCUGGCCAGUACAGCUCAAACCAUCGAAACCCAGGAAGCAAGCCUGGAAGAAUUAGAAGACGCGUCUGUCGCUCAAACCGAGAGCCUCAAAGCGCUGACCGCGGACAUUGAGUCACGCGAAGCGGAGGUCAAUCGUCUGUUGGCGCUCAAGGCGGCAAACGAUGGUUCUCAGGUACGUUCUUUUGAAGGCGAAGGCGAUCGUCAGUACCUGACCGGGUUGAAAGUUGGUGGACGCAACAUUGUUAUCGCUAUCGACACGUCGGCAAGCAUGUUAGACGACACCAUCGUUAAUGUAUUACGGCGCCGCAACAUGGAUGACGCACGCAAACAGGCGGCGCCGAAGUGGCAACGCGCAGUGCGUACCGCCGAAUGGCUUGCCGCGCAGCUCCCUCUGGAUGCCGACUUUCAGGUUUACACCUUCGCCGAGCAGACACGCUCACUGGUUGCCGACAACGACGAUGACUGGCAACCGAUGUACGACGGCCAGGCACUGAACGCAUCAAUUGCAGAGCUACGCACGAUUAUUCCAAACGGUGGUUCUUCACUGGUUAACCUGAUUCUGGAGAUCCGCAACCUCUCGCCCAUACCGGAUAACGUCUACCUGAUUACCGAUGGCUUACCGACUCAGGGAGAAAAUGCACCCCGCUCAGCUACCGUCACAGGACGCCGGCGUCUGGAGCUAUUCGGCGAAGCUGUAGAUCGUUUGCCAAAACAGAUACCGAUAAAUGUGAUCAUGUUUCCAAUGGAAGGUGAUCCGAUGGCUUCUGCCGCUUACUGGAAUGUUGCGCGGGUUAAUGAUGAACAGGCGGAUCUUGCGCAGAAACUGGAUCAGCUCGCAGAGCUGCAACAGCAGCUGGCCAUUAUACUCGGCCAGUUUGAUAAUCUCUCUGAAGCUCAACAGGAGAUAUCUACCGAAAACCUGCAGCUGGCUUCAGCCAAACAAUCGCUGACAGAUGAAAUGCAGCGCCUGCUGGGCCUUGAUUUCAAACGCGACUCGGGGCUGGUGGGCGGUAUCGCCGUCGAUUCGGAAUACAUCAUAUUUGUCAUCGACACCUCGGGCAGUAUGCAAAGUGUUGCCUGGCCACAGGUUGUGCGCAAAGUCAGCGAGACACUGGCAAUCUAUCCCGGCGUGAAAGGUAUUCAAGUGAUGAAUGAUAUGGGUGACUAUAUGUUUACCCGCUAUGCAGGUCGGUGGAUCGAAGAUACCCCCGCACUGCGUAACUCUAUUAUCCAGACUCUGCAAACCUGGGCACCCUUCAGCAACUCGAGUCCGGUUGAGGGGAUUACCGCAGCCAUCAACACUUACUAUGAUCCCGACAAGCGUAUCAGCAUCUAUGUAUUUGGCGACGACUACACCGGCAAUUCCAUCGAAGAUGUGGUUGAAGCAGUGGAUCGGGUUAACCUUACUGAUGCAAGCGGCAGACGCCGGGUGCGUAUCCACGCGGUGGGUUUUCCGGUAUACCUAGACCAACCCAAUGCGCGCGUGUAUCGAUUUGCCGCUCUCAUGCGCGAACUGGCUUUCCGCAACGACGGCACAUUUGUAGUCAGCCUGGGCAUUUUCCUGGAUGACACUCUGAUCAACUAUGCACACGAAGAGACCAUUGACCAAUCCGGGUCGUGGGAGGUGCAGAUCGGACAGGCACAGACGCAGCUUUUCACCAACCUGGCAACAGGCUUGUUUGAAAACUACACUUUCGUUUCCGGCAACACCAUUGCCGCGCCCAUGGAUGGUGUGCUGAAACCCAACAUAACCGAAGUGCAGUUUUCCAUACCGGCACAAACCCGCUCAGACUAUUACGAGGUCUGGGUACGUUACGAAUUUGAACUGUAUGAUCGCCAGGGCAAUGUCGUAGGCAGUUGGAAGCUGCCAGCCUAUGGCAAAGCCAGCAAAAACAAUCAUGGUUCAUCGUCCAACGGACUGCAGGCUGCGGCUAUUGCCGCGUGUCGCGAUGCCAUGGCAUUUUUCAGCAUCAACUUUACCCGUGAACCUGCCGUGCAGAAAUGGAUCGCGGCGGGCAAGCCAUCCCUACCCGCUCCUGUCACCACCAAUGACAGUCCAGCGGUUGAGCGCGAUGCGGAAACCACUGCAACCAGUCAAGAGGGCGCUGAAGCCGAACUGGACUUCAUCGACUGCGUAGGGCGCAGUGUGAGCAGCGGUAGCAAUGGCGUUCAGGUGAUCAGCGAGCAGGAUUUUAUGGAUGCCAUGUUUCCCUGGUUCGAACCUCGCACAGCACCCAUGAACACCACUGACCUGCCGAGUUUGCUGACACAGCCAUUACUGGCUGAGCGCGUUCGCGAGAUCGGCUUGAAAUACCUGGUCUGGCUUGAAGGUUCCACCAAGCGCGUCGCCCAGGGCGGGAGCCUGAGCUGCACGAUCACACCCGGCGGCGGCGGUUGUUUUGGUUUCCUGAGCUGGGAGAAUGAUUCUUCUUACGAAGCAUCUAUAUGGGAUACCCAUACGGCCAAAACCGCCGGUCGAAUCAGUUCAGAUGCGGCGGGUACCAGCUACAUGCCCGCUAUUGUGGCUGGAUUUGUUUCCGACAUUGAAUCAGACACCAUUCCACCGGGUUUGGACGAAUCUGUGGUGCGUUUCAUAUCCGCCAAAAAAGGUGAACCCGAAUGGCUCACCGAGUGGCGUCUGCAGGCCUACACACACUGGCGCGCCAUGACCGCGCCGGAAUGGGCCCACGUGCAUUUCCCUGCAGUGGAUUUUGAGGCCAUCUCCUACUACUCGGCACCUAAAGAUAUGUCUGAUGGACCAAAAUCUCUGGCAGACGUAGAUCCCGAGUUACUGCGGACCUAUGAGAAGCUGGGCAUUCCGCUACAUGAACAGGAAGCAUUGGCCGGCGUUAUUCAAAGCCGACCCAACGUUGCCGUCGAUGCAGUGUUCGACAGCGUUUCCAUCGCCACUACUUUCAAAGACAAACUGGCAGAGGCCGGCGUAGUGUUCUGCCCGAUAUCAGAAGCGGUGCACAGCCACCCGGAACUGGUCAAAAAAUACCUUGGCAGCGUCGUACCUCAACGCGACAACUUUUAUGCAGCUCUGAACUCAGCGGUCUUCAGUGAUGGUUCCUUUGUCUACAUUCCAAAAGGUGUGCGCUGUCCGAUGGAGCUAUCCACCUACUUCCGCAUCAACGAACGCAAUACGGGACAAUUCGAGCGCACCCUGAUCAUCGCCGACGAGGGCUCUCACGUCAGCUAUCUGGAAGGUUGUACCGCACCGAUGCGGGACGAAAACCAACUUCACGCUGCGGUUGUUGAACUGGUUGCACUGGGCGAUGCGCAGAUCAAAUAUUCCACCGUUCAGAACUGGUAUCCCGGCGACGAGAAUGGCAAAGGUGGCAUCUACAACUUUGUAACCAAACGUGGGCUCUGCGCGGGCGCGCGGUCUAAAAUUUCCUGGACCCAGGUCGAAACUGGUUCAGCCAUCACCUGGAAAUACCCCAGCGUUGUUCUGCGCGGCGAUCACAGUGUCGGCGAGUUCUACUCCGUGGCCUUAACCAACAACAUGCAACAGGCGGACACCGGCACCAAGAUGAUCCACAUGGGCAAAGACACCCGCAGCACCAUCAUUUCCAAAGGCAUCAGUACCGGCCGCAGCGAGAACACAUACCGCGGUCUGGUGAGAAUUUCGCCAACGGCGUCCGGCGCACGCAACUUCACUCAGUGCGACUCGCUGUUGAUUGGCGACACGUGCGGCGCACACACAUUUCCUUAUAUUGAAAACAGUAACACCCACGCUAUUGUUGAACACGAGGCCACCACUUCGAAGGUCAGCGAAGACCAGCUGUUUGCUUGUCAACAACGGGGUAUCGAUCCGGAAAAAGCAGUGAGCAUGAUUGUUAACGGCUUCUGUAAAGAAGUAUUUAAAGAGCUGCCUAUGGAAUUUGCCGUCGAGGCGGGCAAAUUGCUUGAGGUUAACGCCGGAGAAGUACAUGCGAUCAUGGGCCCCAAUGGCUCCGGCAAAUCCACUCUGGCAAAUAUCCUCGCCGGUAAACCAGGCUACGAAAUCACGUCAGGGUCCGUCGAGUUUGAAGGACAGGAUAUCUCCGACUGGGAACCUCAUGAACGGGCCCACGCAGGUAUCUUUCUUGCCUUUCAGUACCCGGUGGAAAUACCCGGUGUGAGCAAUAUGGAGUUCCUCAAAGCAAGCCUUGAUGCCAAAGCGUUUGCCAACAAGCAGGAACAGACCAACGCCGCGCAAUUCAUCAAGACCGCGCGAUCACUGGCCAAAUCGCUUGAUCUGAACCCAGACUUUUUGAAACGUGGCGUCAAUGAAGGGUUUUCCGGCGGCGAAAAAAAGCGCAACGAAAUCCUUCAACUCCUGCUGCUGCAACCCAAACUGGCGGUGCUGGAUGAAACAGAUUCGGGUUUGGACAUAGAUGCGCUUCAGGUCGUCGCCGAGGGCGUGAACCGCUUUCGCAACGCUGACAACGGCGUAGUGUUGAUUACCCACUACCAGCGAUUGCUUGAUUACAUCGUUCCCGAUUUUGUGCAUGUACUGGCGGACGGCAAGAUUGUGCAAUCCGGCGACAAGAGCCUGGCACUUGAACUUGAGAAGAAAGGCGAAGAUUCAGAACAGUUCCAUGACGCGCUCAGCCGCGCGCUGAAUUCAAAAACCCACCGCGAGCGUUGGAAGUACACCAAAAGCCAACCCAUCCUGGACAUGCUGGAAGCACCUGCCGUCACGCCAGACUGGCAUACAUUACCUGCCGGCGUUGAGCUGCAGGCGCUCAGCCAGGAUCUGCAGGAUGCGCCACUGCAGCAUCAGAUCGACGACGCGCCCGAGGCAAGCAGCGCAUUGUGCUAUCACGACAAGCUGUCGCUUGUAGAAGCCUCCGGCAAUCCAACACAACCGUUAGUAAUACAACACCGGGGCCACAGCGCGCCUAUUGUCUUGAAGGUCGCUGCAAAUUCUCAUCUCGAACUGCACGAAAUCUAUUCCGACAAUAUUGAUCAGCAUCAAACCCUGUGGAUAGAGCUGGGACCUGGCAGCAGCCUGACACAUGCAAGAAACAGCUUUGUUCAGGCGAAACACUGGCAGUUCCUGCGCGUAACGCUGGCCAAAGACGCCUCGUAUAUUCUGCAUAAUCACAGCUCCGGGGGUGAGAUGCGCCGGCAGGAUAUCCAGAUCCUUUGUAAUGAACCUGGCGCCAGCGCGCAGGUGACCAGCGCCUCUCAGAUCGGCAAGGGCCAACACCUGGAUCAACAGAUCACGCUUGAACAUCGAGCGGCCCAUACCAGCAGUCAGCAGGUGUUCCACAACAUUGUUGAGGACAAGGCCAAAGUCACCUUUAAUGGCCGUAUUCAUAUUCACAAGCACUGCCCCCAGGUUGCUGCCACGCUGCAGAAUAGAAACCUUGCACUGGGCGACAACGCCACGAUAAAUACAAAGCCAGAGCUGGAGAUAUACACCGACGAUGUCACCUGCGCCCACGGCGCAACCGUCGGCCAGCUGGAUCCCCAACAUGUGUUCUAUUGCGCAAGCAGAGGCAUACCGCCGUUACAAGCCCGCGCCCUUCUCGCUCAGGAUGAGCCUCUGGUAUACCUUGAUAGCGCAGCAACAACGCAGAAACCGGAUACGGUGAUUAACGCGGUGGCCGACUAUUAUCGACACAGCAAUGCCAACGUGCAUCGUGCUGCCCACAAACUGGCUGAAGAAGCCACCACACUGCUUGAAGAUGCACGCACGCUGGCACAACAGUACAUUGGGGCAUCAGAUCGCCGCGAAGUGAUUUUCACCCGUGGUACCACCGAAUCCAUAAACCUGGUUGCCCAGGGAUUGCAGGGAUACCUCAGCGAAGGUGAUGAAAUACUGUUAACCGCACUGGAACAUCACUCGAACAUUGUGCCCUGGCAGAUGCUGGCACAACGCACCGGUGCCAGCUUGAAGAUAGUCGCUGUGGACGCAAAUGGAGAUCUUGACCUGGCCGAUUUCUAUCAGAAACUGUCCCGCAGGACCAAAGUCUUUACCUGUAACCACAUAUCAAACGCGUUGGGCACUGUAAAUCCAGUUGCAGAGCUGGUCCAAGCUGCCAAAGACGCUGGCGCCAUCACACUGAUUGAUGGUGCCCAGGCCAUCCUGCACGAGCAAUUGAACGUCACUGCGCUGGAUUGCGACUUUUAUGCCUUUUCCGGUCACAAAAUGUAUGCGCCAACAGGUAUUGGCAUCCUCUACGGUAAACUGGCGCGCCUGGAGGCGUUGCCACCCUACCAGGGGGGCGGCGAGAUGAUCGAACAUGUCACCUUCGAAAGCAGUACUUACCAGCAACCGCCUUACAAGUUUGAAGCCGGAACGCCUAACAUUGGCGGCGCUGUUGGUCUCGGUGCGGCCAUCAGGCGCGAUAUCUACGCCUGGCAGUUAAAGAAAGCGGCUGCGGAUCUGCCUAUGGUGGCUGGCACUGAGGUCGACAUGAUUACCGAAGGUCUGAAUUCGGCGCUGGUUUUUAAGAAUCCAAAUGCUACCAGCUAUUGCGGCUGCGGCGAGAGCUUUGCUGUCAGCGCUGAUGAAGAUAUCGAUGACUCUGUCGCAGCAGAUCUGGAUAGUCUGGCAACAGAUGUAGGUAAUAUGGCAAGAAUUGCCGGCGCUGAUGCUGAUGCGAUCGGGUUGCAACCUGAAGUAUUGGAAUUUGAAGCGGUCAACCCGGACGGUUCCGUAAAUCCGGAUCAUGUGCGCCAGGCUCUGGAAAGCGUGUUCGACCCGGAGAUUCCAGUCAACAUUGCUGACCUGGGGCUGAUUUACGCCACAAGCAUAAAUGACGGUGAAGUGAACAUCGCUAUGACGCUCACGGCUCCAGGUUGCGGCAUGGGUCCCGUAUUGGUGCAGGAAGUCAAAGAUCGCGUCGCCACGACCUUUACAUUUUUCGACGACUGGGAAGAUAAGUACCGGUUUGUUAUCGAUUUGGGUAAAGAGUUACAGGAUAUUCCUGAUGAGGAUAAGCAGGACGGGAACCUCAUCCGAGGCUGCCAAAGUCAGGUCUGGUUAACCCAUCAAAUCACCCCUGACGGCAUCCUCAAUUUCAAGCUCGACAGCGACGCCUUCAUUGUCCGCGGCCUCAUCAGCAUUGUGCUCACCGCUUUAAACAAUAAACGUCCAGAAGAAAUUCUGGCGUUUGAUAUCUACGCGCUGUUCGAGGAACUUGAACUUUUACAGCAUCUGUCCCAAACAAGAGGCAACGGCCUGCGCGCUAUGAUCGCAAGGAUCAGGGACAUUGCAGAGGAUCUCUCUUAG